AUGUUUGCGGCUUUGAAGGAAAGAAAACAGAUUAAGAAUGGAAGAGCAGUGCUUUCAGCAAUGAAACACAAUAUGUCAGAAUCUACCUCACAGAGGUUGUCUCCCGACCAGAAGAUGCAAUCUUGGGCGGUGAGCGGAUACAACAUAGAGAACAGAGAUGUCUCUUCAAAGCAUCAGACCCUGCGGCAAUUCAACACGGAUAUCAAUGUCAACUUCCAGAGAGGAUACGGGAACAGCGUGGUGACCUCGGUCAACCCCGUCUCCUUCAAGAGGAGCUCCGACCCGAACAAAUAUUGGAACCCUGUCAUCCCUACCGAGCAGACCAGCGUCACUGUGGUGGACAAGCCUAUUGAGCGAAUAGUGGAAGUUUUCCAUAGGGUGCCCAUGGACAAAGUGGUGGAAAGGAACGUUGAGUCUAUCAAGGUGGAGGAGAAGCACCUUGAGAAAGACAUCAAGAUCACCCAAGUCGUCCCUGUUAUCCAGGCACGUACGAGGGCUGAAGACAGUGUCGGGCUGCAGGAGAUCAAGAAGGAGGUUGUCUACGAGAAGGAGGUGCUGAAGGAGGAGGUCCAGGAGAUCGUGGUCGACAAGUAUGUCGAGCGGGUAUGGAAGUCCCGGAUCGUGGAAGUGAUCAGGGAGGUGGAGGUGAUCAAGGAGGUGCCGACCAUCCGCUACGUGGACAGAGUGAUCACUAAAGAGGUUCCGGUCACGCAAGUCGUGGAGCGAGUGGUAUGA